AUGCCGUUGACCACACGGACUGAGCGGCAGACACCGCUCUCAGCUCUCCCUUCCUUUGAAGUGUUUUCAUCCAGGUCGAGGCGCUCCAAAACAGUGGUGACGACGAUAUUCGAAGAAGGCGAUGAAGGAACGGCAACAUUGGCGAGGCGUCAGGACAUUCCCACCACAGAGGUCGAGCCUACCCAAACUUUGGAGACAAGCAUGCUUGCAACGACAACCGUGGCGCUUCCGGAUCUCCCAGGACCGUCGUCGUGCGGCGAGUCGGGCAACUUCACACUGACCUUCGAUGACACAGUCGUCGGUGAUGACAACAGCAUACUGCUUGUUGCCAAUGGCAUGACGAACCCGUACCACCACCUCUUCUAUGCCAACGGAUAUACAUAUAUACCUGACAUGUGGGAGCCAUACCCCGCCAUCUCGCAGCCAAACAUCGCAAUGUUCCUGCCUCUGACCGGACGCCUCCUUCCCAACACGCCAUUUGCGGGCAUGAUGCUUCCCGGUGAGCUUGGUGCCGGACCACGGGCUUCGGUCGAUGCCUACUGGUUCAACGCGUACUCUGCCUACUUUGGUUGCGCUCUCAGCGGUCUCGAGCCCUGUACACUGCGGGUGUCUGGCUAUCGCUAUGACCCUGUCCUCAAAGAAGAGGUGCUCGUUGCAGAACAGAAUGCGACGAUUCCAGCAUGCUGGGGGUACAUCGACUGCCACCUUACUCAGAUCUUCUUCAACGACCAGUUCCGGGCGCUUUCCGGGAUCCAGUUCAAUGCCUACACAUACCUGUUGGGCAUACCGCAAGUGCACAUGGUGGACGAUCUGCAGAUGGAGUGGUAUAACAACACCUGUUCGGCUGGUAUACUACGCAUCGGACAUAGCUAG